AUGGGUAUGGCGACUGGGUUUAAGAGUCCCGCUGCGCUAGAAGAAUGCGCUCAUGGUGAGAAGCUGGUUGGAAGUCCGGCGGAUAGAGGAGUCUGUAUCAUCAGAAUCGGGCAUUCAGACGACCCUACCCACAAGAAAGAGUCACUCCGGUCAGUCCACAUAGCGCUGAUGGAAAGUGAGUGCGAUGAAUUCAAGUGGCAAAAUUCUCGCACAUACGAUCUUGGGCCUGAACAUCCCCUCGAGAUCUUCGACUUGCUCAUUCAGUGGUUGUAUACUCGAAAAUACCAGGAAAAGGAAGGUCUCACGUGGUCGUUCGACAGGAGCCUGACUUUGCUAUCCGCUCCUCUGGUGAUCGACCUUCCGCCUGAACUUCCAGUAGACUGGCCCAUCAAGGCAGCCGUUGCCAGCUGGGAACUUGGCGCCACCCUACGUGCGAAGAACUUCCAGAACUAUGCCAUCAAGCGUCUCUUUAAAGCUUUCUCUAGACCUCUCUCGCAACCGCUGACGCCAGCACUGCUAGCCUAUAUCUUCCAGCUCCACAAGGAGAGCUUUGCGGAAGGCUCAUCGCAGCUGCAACAACUUCUCCAGGAUGUUUUCGUUCGCAACUGGGGGGAUGCCACCAUCAUCGACCACACGGAUCGAGAACGAUGGUCAUUCUUCCUCGGCUUGUGCCCUAGCUUUCGCGAGGACUUCGUCUCCGCAACGAAGCACUCGCCGGAGAAGAGGCAGAGGGAGAAGCUGGACUUUGCGAAGUAUCUUAUUCACUAG